AAGUUUGGAAAAGAGGUCGUUGGCGCUUUUAAAGAAUAUUAUUCUUAAAAUAUUAUACUUGAUUUACUCUUCAAAUGUCACUAAAUAAUGGCUUUGAUAAAGCUACUGAAGAGCAGGAACCGCCGGCAUGGGAUACUCUACGCUCUCUUUGUAAAACAAAUUUAAAACAUUUCAAUUCGCACCAAGAUGAAGCUGGUAUGAGAAUCAAGGGAGCAUUAUUGGUAUUAAUAGAUACAUUGGAAAAUAUUAGAUCUACAUAUGCUGAAAUAUCCAGAAUUGCUCCUCUGUUUGAUUUUGAUGAGAAUACACCAGGCAAUGGAUACCGAAGUUUCUUAUUUUUAGUAGAUAAAUGUAUUAUACAUUCUACGUUAGUUUGUCAAGAACUCGACUAUCAAAAGAAUUCUAUGCUUUUUCGGAAAAGUUACCACAUGAGGGAAAUAGAAGCUUAUUCUCAGUUAUUGGCUUCACUUUGUACUUGCUUGCAGCACAUAAAAACACUUUAUUCUUGGCAAGAAGCAAACGAAGACGAACGUUCCCUUUUUCAUGAUAAUCACACCGCCCAAGAACUUCUAAAUCAAGCUGAAAAUAUUAAUCAAUAUUGUUUUUAUGGUAGAUGCUUAGGUUUCCAGUUUUGUGACAGUAUGAAAAUUGUUUUAAAAGUAGUCUCAGUUGGAAUGGCAUCAUUUAGCGAACUUUUUUAUGCAAAUGGUACUUUGUUUGGAAGAUGUUCUAACUCCCUUCAAUAUCUAUUGGAUCCUGAGGCUAGAGCCCGUAGGAUAGUCACUAUAUCUCAGCACGCGGACAUUUCUUUUUGCCAAGCAUUCUGGCAUUUAAAUGAAAGCGAUUUAAUACUCAGUUUACCACAAAUAGUAAUGCCAGCAUUAGCUAUAAAUCAAUUAAUAUCAAUACCACCUGAAGAAAUGGAGUUUCCAACAUUAAGUGGUUUGACUAUAAAAAUUCCUAUUCCUAGUAGUCAUAUAGGCAAGAAACCCAUUCAUGUGAGAUUACUGAGUUCUAAACGUAGGAUUGGAAUGAUUGGCUCUGGUAGCGUGAAGGGCCUCCUAGCCGAUCAAUGUGAUGCCCUGCUGAUCCAUUGCCACGGGGGAGGCUUUGUUGCUCAGAGUUCACGUUCCCACGAGGCCUACAUGCGCACCUGGACCCAAGAACUCGAUGUUCCAAUUUUGAGCAUCGACUACAGCCUCGCACCCGAGGCUCCCUAUCCUCGAGCAGUCGAGGAGGUCCUUUACGCUUAUGUCUGGGCCCUUAAGCACGCGGACUCGCUACUUGGGAGCACUGCCAAGAGGGUCAUCCUCGUCGGUGAUUCAGCUGGAGCUAAUUUAAAUUUAGUAACUACUAUAAGGUGUUUGGAAUUAAAUAUAAGAUUACCCGACGGCAUUUUUAUGGCCUAUACACCUGUGUUAGUUGACGUUAUUCCAUCCCCAGCUCGUUUAUUAUGUCUUAGCGAUCCUAUUUUACCUUUUGGAUUUAUGAUGCGAUGUUUAAAGGCCUAUGCAGCUAUGGACCCCAAACAAGAACAAUGGGAAAAUGAGUCAGUGGAUGAACUGGUUGAAAUCGAUAAAUUAGAUACCGAAUCAUUUGCAGAAGUGAGCGAGAGCGACUUAAUAGCUUUAGCUUUAAGUCCGACCGGUGAUAACGAUCAAAAUAAUCUCAAACUAGCUUCAUUACCUUCCGACUCAACUUUAAAUUCUGUUAGCCUAACAGACGUGGAUGUAAUCGAAGGUACUGAAAAUUCAUUAGAAGAAGCAAAAUCUCAAGAAUACGUAAAACGAUUUUUAGAUAUAUAUAGAAAUUCGCGAUUUGGAUCUACAGUACCGAUUUUCAACAGAGCGAAGAGCUCUGAAAGUAACGUAAUAAACGACACAAAAUCUUGGUCCUUUUUUAAUUGGAAUUCGAACAAAGACAAUAAAAUAAAAAUACCAAGACACUUAGAAAUGAAAGGUGGCAAAGAUAUUUCCGAGGAAUUUACAUUUACAGUGCCCAAAGAUGUUUACCUAAGUCCGUAUCGAGCCUCAGAUUCCUUGUUAAAAAGGUUUCCACCGAUUAAAAUCUUAAGCUUAGAUUUGGAUCCAUGUUUAGAUGAUUGUGUAAUGUUUGCAAGGAAACUCAAAUCCAUGGGAAAAUCGGUUACCUUAGAUAUACUACCUGGUUUGCCUCAUGGUUUUCUUAAUUUCUCUGUGGUAUCAAAGGAAGCAUAUGAAGGCUCACUGGUAUGUGUAAAAAGAAUUCGUGAGUUAUUAGAAACGUUACCGCAGGUGUGCUCAAAUUUGAUGGAAUUUUCCUGCUGUUUUUGAAACUUUUUAGAAAAUACAAUUAUUGCUUCUGACAAUUUAUAAUAACAAGUUACAGCAU